CACACACACACACACUCUCUUUAGCGCAUAUGUGAGUCAGCAAAACGCUCGCUGCGUGUGGAGCUUCAUGGCCAGUGGAAGUGAGAGCUGGUGUUGCAUCAGCAUCAUGUGUGAAAGAUGAUCCAGGGCUGCUAACUGAAGCACAAGAUGCAGCUCCUGCAGUGUUGUGGCCCCUGAGGCUAGAUUAGGCCUGUACAGACUGAAUGUGUGUCAACACGCAUGUCCUGUCACACCUCACCGUAUGUGUCCAAAGGUCUGGUAGACCUUGUGCAAUUUCAUUCAGUACGACUAUUAGGGGGAAAGCAGCUGGAACAAGGAGUGAAACAGCGUAACUUCUGUAUUACAAAUAAUGAUGGCAUUAUUGUUCCUGCCAGGACUGGCUCGUGUGGCCGUAUGUGGCGGCACCCAUGGAAACGAGCUGUCCGGUGUGUAUGUGGUGCAGGAGAUGGAGCGACAACAGAAAGAGAAGGGAGAGUGCGCGUGGCCGAUCCCCGUUAAAACCGUGCUGUCGAACCCACGGGCUGUGAAAGAGUGCAGAAGAUACAUUGACCAGGAUAUGAACCGCUGCUUCAACAUAGCCACGCUGAGUUCUCCUAUUACAGACAGCAGCCCAUAUGAAGUCCGGCGUGCUCAGGAACUGAACAAUCUUCUGGGGCCGAAAGGAUCCACAGAUGCAAUCGACUUGAUCUGUGACCUUCAUAACACCACGGCUAACAUGGGCCUCACACUGAUUCAUUACACGACCAGUGACUGGGUGACUCUGCACAUCUGUAAAUACUUACAGACUAAGAUAACCAAAGUGCCUGUGAGAGUGCUGGUACUGGAUAUCCCGAUUAGUGAUGCUUAUUCCUUGGAGUCUGUAUCCAAGCAUGGCUUUUCAAUAGAGGUCGGGCCGCAGCCGCAUGGUGUCAUCAGGGCUGACAUCUAUUCCAUUAUGAAAGAGGCCGUCGACUUGACAAUAGACUGGAUCCACAAAUUCAACUCAGGAACGGUGUUUGAAGGCGGGGAUGUGGAAGCCUUUAAGUUUAUUAAAAGUGUUGAUUAUCCCAGAGAUCCAGAGACUCGGACUCUUGCUGCUGCUAUUCAUCCUCAGCUGCAGGACAGAGACUUCUGUCUCCUAAAGCAGGGAGACCCUUUGUUUUUGAAAUUUUCUGGAGAAACUGUGAAGUAUGAAGAAGAAGAGCCACUUCAUCCUUACUUUAUCAAUGAAGCUGCCUACUAUGAAAAGGAAAUCGCUUUUCACUUGGGAAAAAAGAUGAUGCUGACAAUUCCAUCGGUGCAGGUGCAGAAAGACUGAAGGAUGAGAGAGAAGAUAUGAAACACAGCAUGAUUACCAACACCAAUCAGAUGAUUUUAAAAGAAUGUCACUCAAAUUAUUUUAACAAUGACUUCUAACUCAGGUACAUUACACACGUUUGUAGCUAUAUGACAAUGAAAGACGCAUUUUGAUCUGCUGCUAAAUCACAAGCAACUUUGUUCUGGAUGAAAAGAUAUUUAUUGUGACCAGCAAAAUGUUCACUUGACAGCAACGUGUACAAAACUGUAUAAAAAAGGCAAAACCAUCUGAAGUAUUUCAGACACCAUCAAGAUGAUGUCACAGUGGGCUGUGGAGUGUGAGGUAUCCUCUUGAAUGUAUUGCUCAUAUGAUGUUGCUAUCGCCUGACUGCUUUGACAAAAUUGAGCCUCUCAGUGGCUCGGAAUAAAAAGACAAAAUAAAA